AUGGAGGUGUGGGGGCUUCAAAACAGCACCCCCUGUCAGUCAUCUAGUAUAUAUAAAUUGCCUCAACCCCACCAUAAGCCCCCUUCUUCACCCUCCCCCAUUCCCCACGACAAGCACCCCUUAUUCAUUCUCCCCAUUCCCCUCAACCCCUCCACAAGCACCCCUUAUUCAUUCUCCCCCAUUCCCCUCAACCCCACCACAAGCACCCCUUAUUCAUUCUCCCCCAUUCCCCAUCAACCCCUCCACAAGCAGCCCUUAUUCAGCCUCCCCAUUCCCCCUCAACCCCUCCACAGCACCCCUUAUUCAUUCUCCCCCAUUCCCCUCAACCCCACCACAAGCACCUCUUAUUCAUUCUCCCCAUUCCCCAUCAACCCCUCCACAAGCACCCCUUAUUCAUUCUCCCCAUUCCCCCUCAACCCCACCACAAGCACCCCUUAUUCAGCCUCCCCAUUCCCCAUCAACCCCACCACAAGCACCCCUUAUUCAUUCUCCCCAUUCCCCAUCAACCCCUCCACCCCUUAUUCCGCCUCCCCAUUCCCCCUCAACCCCACCACAUGCACCCCUUAUUCCGCCUCCCCAUUCCCCCUCAACCCCACCACAUGCACCCCUUAUUCCACCUCCCCAUUCCCCAUCAACCCCUCCACAAGCACCCCUUAUUCCGCCUCCCCAUUCCCCCUCAACCCCACCACAUGCACCCCUUAUUCCGCCUCCCCAUUCCCCAUCAACCCCUCCACAAGCACCCCUUAUUCCGCCUCCCCAUUUCCCCUCAACCCCACCUCAAGCACCCCUUAUUCCGCCUCCCCAUUCCCCCUCAACCCCACCACAUGCACCCCUUAUUUAGUCUGCCCCAUUCCCCCUCAACCCCACCUCAAGCACCCCUUAUUCCCUUGUCCUCUGCACCUUCUUCCAGAGUGUCACCCCACUCUGUAG